AUGUACUUGGCGUGUUUCCUGACGUUGGGUGGCGUGAUGCUCUCGCUCGCAGUGAGGCCGGCAUACUACUGGCUCAAGUCUGAGAAGUCGCGCGAGUCGACGUUCACGGCGAUGUGCACCAUUGCGCUGGCCAUGGAAAGACUUCUCAACCUCCGACAUCGGGAAGGGACGUGGUGAGAGUGAGGGUCCAAAUAAUUGUGAGGUUUAUGAUGGAAUGCAGCAAAACACGCCAUUUGCUCCGCAAAAGGCCAUCACGCACGUCCUUUGUACCACCUGGUAUGUCAUGAGACCGUUGUUCGUGGCUUGUAUAACAGGCGUUUUUUUUUGCGGGCGCACACGCCGUAGUGGUACACUGCUCCUCCCCUCCCCGGCCUGCUCCCCGGCCGGGGCCGAAAUCGACCUUGUGAGUCCCUCGCGGGCGAACCAGGCCACAACAGAUAGUAGGUGGGUGGUGUCCCAAGGUGCAACUCACCGCCGCGCUGGCUCAGCGUGGCGGUGAGGAUGCACAGACGGUGGUAGUGGCGAGAGGUGUAUGUGGACCUUGUCCCCGCGGCAGCAAUGCAAAGCGGCAAACUGCACCUGGUAACCACCGUCGCGGAAAACGUGGCCCACGAAGCUGGAGGAGCAGAGAGAUUCGUAAAAACCACGCGAGUAAGCACCGUUCGCGGGAGAAGGGAGAUAACCGCGGGCGACGCGGGGGGGGAGUGCUGCACCCUCCUCGUCCAAACACCACAGGCAAGCACCGAGCCCUGCAAAGAUGGAUCGAUGCGAAGAAACUCGCCGCUCGGAUUAAACGGAAGAAA